CGUACUUUGCCAACUAGUAAGAGUCAACAAGGAAGAAAGUUCUAUUGCAUUUAAAGACACAUGACAUCAAGACUUAGAAGACUACCUGAAAGAAAAGGAGACACAAGAUCAUGGAUUUGUGGAAAGUUCUGUGUGUUGUAUGCGCUCAACUCCUUAGUGCUACAGGCUCACUUGGCCAGCUGGAUGUGUGUGGUCGACCUCCACUGAACACCAAGAUUGUGGGUGGUGACGAUGCUUCUGCCGGUGCUUGGCCUUGGCAGGCUAGCAUUCAGGCGAGAGGCCGCCAUUUCUGUGGUGGCAGCCUGAUCAGUAAGAACUGGGUCUUAUCAGCUGCUCACUGUUUCCAAAGUAUUACUGCAGGUGACAUCACAAUCUUUCUAGGAAUGGAGAGCCUGGAGGGCACGAACCCAAAUAUGCAGAAAAAAACUGUUCUUAAGAUUAUCAACCACGAAAACUAUAACAGUACCACAAUUAACAAUGAUAUUGCACUCGUCCAGCUCUCCUCUUCAGUAACCUUCAAUAAUUAUGUCAUGCCGGUGUGCCUUGCAGCAAGCAACAGCCUUUUUCCUGGUGGUUCUAAUGUCUGGGUCACAGGAUGGGGUCGCAUUAGUUCUGGUGAGAGUCUGCCCUCCCCUAAAACCCUGCAGGAGGUGCAGGUGUCGGUUGUCAGUAGUACUGACUGUGCAAAAGCAUAUGGAUCUGGUUCUAUCACAGACAAUAUGAUUUGUGCUGCUGAGAGAGGAAAAGACUCAUGCCAGGGUGAUUCUGGAGGUCCACUGGUGGUCAAGAACAAUGGAACCUGGGUUCAGGCUGGGAUUGUGAGCUUUGGCAAGGGCUGCGCUGUACCUGAUUUUCCUGGUGUGUACACCAGAGUGUCUCAGUACCAAGACUGGAUCAACCGCCAGAUCGGCAGCAAUCAACUGGGAUUUGUUACAUCAACAAAUCCCAUCAACAGUCGUGUCUCCCCCAAUCACUUCCUUUCAAGAAGCCUGAUCCUUUCUUUCUCCAUAAUCCCCUUCCUUCUCUCCCUCUCUAUCUUCCAGAGGACAUUUCUUUUUGCUGAGACAAACGACAUCAAGAGAAGGAAGAAUACCUUAAACCAGAGGAGACAUGAGAUCAUGGAUAUUUAUUUGCAGAAAGUCGUGUGUGUUGUAUGUGCUCUACUCCUUAAUGCUACAGGCUCACUCUCCCAACUGGAUGUGUGUGGUCGACCUCCACUGAACCCCAAGAUUGUGGGUGGUGACAAUGCUCCUGCCGGUGCUUGGCCUUGGCAGGUUAGCGUUCAGGCGAGAGGCCGCCAUUUCUGUGGUGGCAGCCUGAUCAAUAAGAACUGGGUCUUAUCAGCUGCUCACUGUUUCCAAAGUAUGACUGCACCUGAAGUCAUGAUCUUUCUAGGAAUGGAGAGUCUGGAGGGCACUAACCCGAAUAUGCAGGAAAAAAGUGUUCGUAACAUUAUCAACCACCAAUAUUAUGACCCUGAUGCCCUCAACAAUGAUAUUGCACUCAUCCAGCUCUCCUCUUCAGUGACUUUCACCAGUUAUGUCAUGCCAGUGUGCCUUGCAGCAAACAACAGUUCUUUUCCUGAUGGUACUAAAGUCUGGGUCACAGGAUGGGGUUACAUUGAUUCUGACGUGAAUCUGCCCUCCCCUAAAACCCUGCAGGAGGUGCAGGUACCGAUUGUCAGCAACAGUAACUGUGCAAAAGCAUAUGGACCUGGUUAUAUCACAGACAAGAUGAUGUGUGCUGGCUUAGCUGAGGGAGGAAAAGAUUCAUGCCAGGGUGAUUCUGGAGGUCCACUGGUGAUCGAGUCCAAUGGAGCCUGGGUCCAGGCUGGGAUUGUAAGCUUUGGCAAGGGCUGCGCUUUACCUGAUUUUCCUGGUGUAUACGCCAGAGUGUCUCAGUACCAAGACUGGAUCAACAGCCAGAUCGGCAGCAAUCAAGUGGGAUUUGUUCAAGUCUCAAAUGGCAAUUGCAUUUCCCCCAACCUCUUCUGUCUGUUCCUUUCUUUAUCCAUCAUCCCCUUCCUCCUCUCCUUCUGCAGCCUCUAGUAAUGUCAGUCAAAUUAAACAUACAAGCACACAUUAAAGGAGUGAGCUAACAAUACUACAUUAUGUCAGCGUCUUUCAGAAAAACCAUAUUUAGUUUUUAUCCAUAGCUUUAAAUUCUUCACUAAAGUGAGUCAACUUAAUUUUAUACAAAAUAAAAAGAUCUACAGGUUCAAAACUACAUUUUAAAGAUGCAGUUUAACUGCAUGUGUAACAAAGAGGCAAAACAUCAUCUGAUGAGCCUGAUCAGAAAACAUUAUAAACACUUUGCAUAUAGUCUAUAUUGAGAGAGCCAGUUAGCUAAUCUGGAUCAUCUGUGAAUUAUGCUUUCCCGCACUCCUGGUAACAAAUAGCUGCUGCAUCACCCAAAAUCAAGCUUGCAAUCUCCUGAUCUUAGGGUGAACACUCAGUUGAAAUAUUUGUGGGGUUUUUUUAAUUAUUCAAAUCUUUUUCAUCCCCGUAUUGAGGUAUAAUAUUUGUUACUUUUCUCAGCCACUCUAUUUGAAUAAUCCAAAUAGCUUUGUGAAAGCCCCUGUAAUAGCAAUUAUAACGUGAAGUUUUAUGUAACAGAACAA